UCACAGCUUUCCGCUCUCUCUCUCUCUCUCUCGCCCGAGCGUCAAUCUCCUCAUCUCAAUCUUCUUUUGCAAUCUCAAUCAUCUUCCCUCAAAUCGCAACCAUGAGUGACCAAGGAGAGAAAACUUGUCCACUGUGUGCUGAAGAGAUGGAUCAGACUGACCAGCAGUUGAAGCCCUGCAGAUGUGGCUAUCAGAUAUGUGUUUGGUGUUGGCAUCACAUAAUGGACAUGGCAGAGAAAGAUGAAUCGGAAGGGCGCUGUCCAGCUUGUCGCACUCCAUAUGACAAGGAAAAGAUUGUCGGGAUGACUGUAAAUUGUGAGAGACUGGCCUCUGAAGCCAAUAUGGAGCGCAAAAAGACACAAAAGUCAAAGUCAAAACCUUCUGAAGGGAGAAAGCAACUAACCAGCGUGCGAGUGAUUCAAAGAAAUCUUGUUUACAUUGUUGGGUUGCCGCUUAAUCUGGCAGAUGAAGAUCUUCUGCAAAGUAAAGAAUACUUUGGUCAGUAUGGAAAGGUUUUAAAGGUCUCCAUGUCUCGGAUGGCAUCUGGUGUCAUCCAACAAUUUCCAAACAAUACAUGCAGUGUAUAUAUCACUUAUUCAAAAGAAGAGGAGGCUGUACGCUGUAUUCAGUCUGUUCAUGGGUUUAUUUUGGACGGUAAAUCAUUGAAGGCCUGUUUUGGGACAACCAAGUAUUGCCAUGCGUGGUUGAGAAAUGUGCCUUGCAACAAUCCUGAUUGUCUCUAUUUACAUGAGAUUGGUUGUCAAGAGGAUAGUUUCACAAAAGAUGAGUUCGUAUCAGCCCAUACAAGGAGCAGAGUGCAACAAAUCACCGGGGCAACAAAUAAUCUGAUGCGCCGGUUAGGGAGCGUGCUUCCUCCACCAGUGGAUGAUUAUUGCAGCAACAGUUCUACAGCAAAACCAAUUGUGCAAGUUCCUUCAAACACUAUUUCUAAUGUAGCAAGUAUUCCUAAGAGUUCUCCACCUAAUGGGAGCUCUGGUAGAUCCACUGCUCUUCCUGCUGCAGCAUCAUGGGGAACACGUAUAUUAAAUCAGCAGUCUGCAGCAACGUCAAUUGCAUCAGAUGGAUAUUCUGAUACAUCAAAUGGAACAUUGGCUUCUUCUGCUCAUGAGCCUAUAUCCUGUAGUGAUAACCUUAAGAAACCAUCUCACGAAGAAGAGAAUCAAACUGUGGUUGAAAAAAACAAACCUGGAUUGUUGAAGCCUUUGCCACAUAAUAUUGUGGUUGAUUUUGGGUCCAGGAGAGCUAAUCUGCCUGAUGGAGAUCCUACUAGCAAUCAGAUAUCCUGUUCAGUAGAAUCUUCCUAUGAUAGCAGAGUCAUGAAUGAGCCUUCAGCUGUUGUGAAUUCUUUAGAUUAUGCAAAAGAAAUUGCUGAUGAUGGCCUUAGUAUAAACAACUUGUCUACUGAUGUUGCACGGAUGGGGAUUACUACUGAUUCUAGGAAUGACCAUCCAGGUAGUCAGGCAGUUAUCGAUAUUCAUUCUGAUCAAGGUUCUAUUAGACAACCUGGUAAUGAAGUAUCGAAGUUGCCACAUGGGGAGGAAUGUAGGAAAGAUUCUCCUAUGAACACUGAUGAGAAAGCUUUCUCUUCAUACAAUGAGAAAUCUGUUGUAAGGCCAGAGUGGAAUUGGAUGGCCGGUUUGCGAUCACAGAUGCAAGUUAGCUCAAAAUCAGAAGUAGAUGAUGUCAGAACAUUUGAUAACGGACGACAAAAGGUUGGAGAGGUUGUAAGCCCUUCAACAAGUUCGGUUCAAGGUCCAAACCGUUUGCCUUUUUGUGCUUCCCCAUUCGGUGAAGUUUCUGGCGUGUUAACUUCAAAUGCUGAUGCCUUCUUGGAAAGCAGAGGUAGCAAUAGAUCACUUCUACCAAAUGGAUUAACUGAGGGAUCCAUAUCCACUGUGGAGCAUUCGUUGUUUGGUAAUGAAGCCGAAAAGAAAAUUCAGAAUGCAGAGGAUGAUAUAAUCUCAAGCAUUUUGUCACUCGAUUUUGAUCCAUGGGAUGAAUCCGUGACUUCGUCGCGUAAUUUGGUAACAUUACUCGGUGAAGGUGAUCAGCGGGUGAGCUCUCAUAGGCCUUCGAACAUCCUAAAGCCGCAACACAACAGUCAGUCCAGAUUCUAUUUUGCUCGGCAGGAUGAAUCUAAUCUCCUAAAUCCGCAACAUUAUAAUCAAGCAUUUGAAAAUCAGACCUAUGGCAUUCAUGGGCAAUUGCCAAGAGAUCAGCCUGCCCUUCUGGAGACUGGGGUGACCGGUGAUAUUUAUCAGGAUAAACGGAAUGGAUAUGCUUCAAAUUAUUCUGAAGUGCCGGAAAACUUUCCUCCUGCUCAUCCCGUCUACUCUUCUUACAAGAUUCCUGCUUCAAGAUCACAAAUUUCUGCUCCACCAGGAUUUUCUGCUCUCAGCAGAUCACCUCCUCCCGGCUUCUCUUCACAUGAAAGAAUGGAGCAUUCCUAUGAUACUGUAGCAGCUGGAACUCCUCGAUUGCUUGACUCGACCACUUUGCUGAGACAAACAUAUCAGGCACCGCAUCCAGGUGGAAAUUCUAGCCUGGCGAGGGAUCUUGAAUUUAUGGAUCCGGCAAUUUUAGCUGUCGGAAGAGGAAGACAUCAAAAUGGGUUGGGAAGUGCAGAGGUAGAUAUGAGAUACAGUUUCCCGUCCCAAUUAAAUUCCUUUGAGAGCAAUUCGAGACUUGAGAUGUUGAUGCAGAGGUCUCUGUCUGCACAACAACAAAGCCAUGAUGAAUAUCGCGACCUCAGGGAUGUUAACAACUUCUCUUCUCAACUCAAUAAUGAUCCUUAUGGGAUUAUUGGGUCGAGGCUGAUAAUGGAUCAGACACAAGGAACAAGCUUAUCUAGACAACCUUUUCCGAAUUCAUUGUUGCAUGGCAAUAGCGGUCAGUGGGAUAGGUGGAAUAAUAAUGAAGCCUCCUCAGGUGGAAACAGUCUAGGAAUGGCAGAGAUUCAACGAAGGAAUAUCGAACGGCUGGGAUUCGGUAGCAAAAGCCUAUAUAAUGGUUUCGAAGAGUCGAAAUUCCGGAUGGCCAGUUCUGGGGAUCAUCUGUAUAGCAGAACAUAAAGGGGAAGUGGGAAUGUGAUUUCUGAUUGGCUGGGUCUUGCGACGCCAUCAAAGUGUAUCCAUUGUUGGUGCUGACUUCGCUAAAAGCUGCAGAGGAAGGUGGAUGGGAGGGAGGGAAAUUCAUACUGAAUGAUGUUCGGUUCAAAGUCAGAUCUCCAACAGAGGAACGGCAUCCAGAACACAAUGAUGAUACUCUAGAGCCAGCCAGUUCUCAUUCAUAGGAGCUGAAGCCAAGGCUCUGAGCUUUUGGUGGUUUUGGGCAGAGGAGAGGGGAAUAGUUUUCCGUUGGCCUUUUUGUUUGGUUGGCUUCAUGCCAGCUGUGAUGGCGUUUGUUCUGGUUGCUGUAUCCAUCCAACACUUGACUGUAGUGUCCCAAACGAGUCAGACAUAACAUUCCUAUAGUUACAAGUUUUCUGAAA